AUGAAGACUCGCUGGGCUUGGCGGCUCCUGCGCUUUGAAGGCAAUGGAUACCGCCGGUUUUCUUAUCCCCACGGACGUUUCUCGCCGGCCCUGCAGAGGGACUUCUUAACCACCAUAACCAAGGAAGGAUAUGAUAUGAGGCGAGUGGACAUAACUCCUUUAGAGCAAAGGAAAUUAACUUUUGAUACCCACGCAUUGGUUCAGGACUUGGAAACUCAUGGAUUUGACAAAACACAAGCAGAAACUAUUGUAUCAGCAUUAUCCACUUUUUCAAAUGUCAGCCUGGAUACUAUCUAUAAGGAGAUGGUCACUCAAGCGCAACAGGAAAUAACAGUACAGCAGCUAAUGGCUCAUUUGGACUCCAUCAGAAAAGACAUGGUCAUCCUGGAGAAAAGUGAAUUUGCAAAUCUGAGAGCAGAGAAUGAGAAAAUGAAAAUUGAAUUAGACCAAGUUAAACAUCAACUGAUGCAUGAAACCAGUCGAAUUAGAGCAGAUAAUAAAUUGGAUAUCAACCUAGAAAGGAGCAGAGUAACAGAUAUGUUUACAGAUCAAGAAAAGAAACUUAUGGAAACAACCACAGAAUUUACCAAAAAGGAUACCCAAACCAAAAAUGUUAUUUCAGAAACCAGUCAUAAAAUUGACACUGAAAUUGCUUCCUUAAAAACUCUGAUGGAGUCUAACAGACUUGAGACAAUUCGUUAUCUUGCAGCCUCAGUGUUUACUUGCCUGGCAAUAGCAUUGGGAUUUUAUAGAUUCUGGAAAUAACCCUGAAACUACUGUAUUAUACUCCUACUGAUGCUGACUUUUUACGCUACACCAGAAUAGAAACACUGUCAACUGCAGAAGCACAUUAUGGACUAAAAAGAAGUGUUUUACAAUGAGAAGAUCUGUUUGUCUUUAUUUUGUGGUGUUAAAACCUGAUUCAUCUCAUCUGAGGUAGGAGGAUAUUUUCUCCUUAAUUUAUACAAACUUAACAGUUUUCUGUUUGCUUCAAUAGUGUAAAGUAUAUAGGGUUUCUUUAUCAGUUACAAAUUGAAAAUUACUCCCAAAGCUAACAUUGUUAUUGUAUUCAACUUUCCUGAUAACUGUUGCAUGAUUACAUUUUCAUACAAAAUAAAAGAUUAUU